CUGUCGAAGUGUUGAGUCGCGCGGAGAUUCCCGUCCACAAUUACAGAACCACAUACCACAGAUUUUCUGUUUUAGUUCAUCGUUGAAACCGCCAUUUUUUUAGUUGAACCGAAUUUUUCUUUCUAAAAUAAUUUUAAAAGAACUAAAAUGUUACAAAAACUAUAAAUUGAAAAUUAUUUUAUGGCAAAGCAUUAAAUUUGCUUUUCUGAUAGAUGUUAACCGAAUGCACAAAGAUUGUUGCCUUCAUAUCUUGAGGCUUUAAAAAAUAUUUGCCAUUGAAUCUGAAAUCUUCAGAAAUUUCUUUUUUCUUUCUCCUUUAUGACAUCGCGCAGCCAUUUGUACAUUUCUAUAGAAAAAAGAAUAUAGAAGUGUUUCGAGAUAUAGACGAUGGUUUUUAAUUCAAUCAUCAUGGGGAAUAAGCAACAAUAAAGUGAAUUUUAAAAUGUGUUAAAUCAAAAUUUUAAAAAUUACUUCAACCUUUUUGUCGAAAUCACAUCGCGAGCGUUUUCAUUAAGCUUCACAUAGUUUGUUUUAACUUGCAUAUAGAAGGAAGCUAAACCACACAAACAAAAGAAAAAGAAUAUCCACUAAUUUGGCUCAGAGAUAACUCAAAUAAAGUCAAUAUCAGUCUUUAAGCUAUUUGUGCCAAUAAAUUAAAAAAAAAUUGAUCGAAAUAAAUCAAUUACAAUAGACAAAAUGGUUUCAACGCGUCAAAUGAGUACAAGUUUAUCGGGAAACAAUAGUGGAGCUAGUAAUAACAGUGUUGAAGCGGAAUCCAUGCAGAGAUUUUCAGUUAUAACCAGGCAAGCAGCUUCUUGUAGUAAUGUGAUGAUAACUACAUCUACGGGAGGCGGAGUCGCCACUAUUUCAAGAGCUUCAAAUAAUGGAUUAACAAAUCCAAAUUUCCAACAACAACCGCAAAUGCAAUCACAAUCAUCAGCUUCCACUCUAAUGACACCUGCUGGAAGAGUAUCUAAUGUUUCUACUACAUCACAAAACAUAUUUUUAUUAGAUAUGCCAAUGGAAAUCUUGGACAAAAUUUUCUCUUAUGUUACUUAUAAGAAGGUUGGGCAAUUGAGAGUGGUUUCUCACAAAAUGAAUGAUAUAUGUAUGGCAGUAUUGAAUUCUACAUUUUCAAAACUGAUAAAUCAAAUGGUAAAUCGUUUCCAAAACAUCAAAGCCAAGAUGCCGCGUCGUGAAUCUGCUCGCAGAAACCACCCGCUUGCUUGCGAGUGUGAUAUCAUUGAGACAUGCUAUAUGAGGCUAUCUCUUUUACAAAUGACGUUCGGUAAACAUAUCGAACGCAAGCAUUGUUGCUUUUUCCCAGGAGGAAUUUUAGAUGAAGUUUAUAAUGUCUUGAGUUACAUUCGAAACACAUCAAGGUUAGAAAAACCUUAUCGUGUAACUGACGAACUAUUUGAUCUAUCAACAAUGGCCAUGGAGUAUUUCAAGGAUCAUAUUGAACCAAAUCUUCCUGACAUUGCCUAUUUUAAUAAGGAUUUUUUUAAUUUGCCAAGCACAAAGAGACCAAGUAGUAGUUCGUUAAAGGUAUCGUCAGAACUAUCUGAUAGUUCUUCAAAUUCACCCUCGCCUCCACAGAGUAAUAUGGUUUUACGAAAAGGAAUUCGUAAAAUAAAACAAGGAAUGAAAAUGUACAACAAUCAAUUGUCGAUGCUACGCAGUGAGUUACGAAAUUGCAAAAGGAAAUCAUCAGAACAAGGAAAACAAAUUGCUGAACAACAAAAGCUUUUGGCAGAGCAGCAAAAACAAGCUUUGGAAUAUGCUAAUCGCUUGGACGAAAAUGAUAAAAAGAACGAAGAAAUGUCAAGGAAGUUUUCUACUUUGUUGCAGGAACUCAACAAAUGUAAAACCGAACUUCAGUAUUGGCGAUCAAAGAGCCCUGCUACGCCUAUGUGUACAUCAUGUGGUCAAAAAAUGACACCAAUUGUGCCACCUGAGGAUUACCAAGCUUUGGUGAACCAAGGUGUCAAACCCGAAGAUAUAAACAUCAAUUUGGACGACACCGAUGAGAGUGACACAAGUAGUAAUACUAUAUCGUUGAGUACAGAAUUUGCGUUUCCUGAUGAGUCGACCACCGCUAAGUUGAUAGCUGUCAAUACAGCAUCAAAGAAUUUAAAACGCCACCACAAUAAUAGUAGUAGUAGUAAUAGUAGCAGUAGUAGUAGUAUUAGUAGUAGUAGCAGCAGUAGUAGCAUCAGCAGUAUCAAUAAUACUAGCAGUUCUAGUUCAUUUAAUGGCAAUCAAUUACAAUGCAUUGGAAAUAAUGGAACAUUUGCAAAUAGUGACCUUUUAAUGGCGAACAUUGACAAUGCCAAUGGCAAACGGAGCACAGUGCUAGCAUCCACAUCAAUCGCGACUUCUAGCAACAUAAAUGAUCUCAAUUUAGAUAUGUUACGCAAUGGCACGAAUGCUAAAGAUAGCAACAGUGGAUGGUUUGCAAUAGGAGGAGGAGGAGUAGUUUGUAACAGCAACAUUGUAGCAACUGGAUGCCCAGCUAGUUUGUUUUAUGGAUCCACUGACAAAGCUGGAACAUCGUCAGCAAAUAUGUCCACUACGGCUGGAUCACCAAUAGUGUAUGAUCUCAAUGUUGCUGGCCCUGACGAUGGCGCAGGAAACCAUCAGCCACCAGUGAUCGCUGCAGAUGUUACAUCUCUAAGUCUGCUUGCGAGUAAUGAAACAAAGAAAGCACGAAGAGUACAAAAGGGCAGUAGGUGUCAUAAUAUUAGUAGCAAGCGCAAAUAAGUUAACUUAAAGAAAGGAAAAAACAUAAAAAGAGUGUUUAUACAAAAAUAAUGAGAAAUCAUCUUUAUUUUUCACACAAUACACAAAAAAUUAAAUUUAUUAUAAAACAAAAUAAUUUUUAAAAAGAGUGUGCGCUCGGACAUAAUUGUAAUUUAAGUAGAUUAUUCUUUAUUUGUUAAUAACAUCAAGUUUAUUUUAUCAGAAUUGAGUUUUGAUAAUAAAAAUAACGUGUUAACAAAACAACAAUAAUGAAUCUAGGGGAGUGAGUGUUGAAAUGUCCUCUUCUAAUAAUUGAAGUGAUAGUGAUCUGUUUCUCAAUGUCCAAUCAAAUCAAAAUAUUUUAUUAUGUAUAUUAUUGUUUUAUUUCUUUUGAGUAUCAACAAUGAUUGAAAUCUGUAAAUUUAGAAAUAGUACUUAAAAGGAACAAAAUAAGAAGAUUAUUAAAAAGAAUAACAAAUAUGAGGUAAAAUGAAAACAAUAGUUUUUUUGUACCGCUAUAUAUAUUUCACAUAUCUGUGUCUUUUCCUCGAAUUCUCCUUCAUAAAACUAUACAUGUAAAAAAAAUAAGGAAUAUAAAAACGAAAUAAAAGAAUUUCGUUGUUUUUGGCAUAUUUAUUUUACAUACAUAAAUCUUUAGUUUUCAAUACUUUGGAUAAUACAAUAAUUUCAAUUUUCUUCUAUUUUACAUUUUUUUGGUCAAUAAGUUUUCUAUAAAAAGCGAUAAGAUAGCAAAGUUUCUUUUUUAAAUAAGUAAGUUCUUAUGUAUCCUUCGAUUUUGUAAGUACCAGAAAUUGCAAAGCAUCAUUUGAACAUAAGUAAAUAUUGUAAAAGGAAAUGGAAUUCAUAAAUAAAAUAUAUUUUUUCUAAUGAAAGUAAAAAUGAAUAGGUAUUAAUGAAAGAAAAAGUCUGAAGGAGCACCAAAUCAUGAGCUUCAACAAUAGUUCAUAAUGUAUAUAAAUGCACACCUUGCAAAGUUUUUUUUAAACUAAUCUCCCAUAAAAGUUCUUUGGGUUCAUAAUGUAAGGUCAGAAAGAAAACUAACUGCUUCAUAGAUAAUAUUUCUGGGAUUAUAAUUUCGCCUUUUUCAAAAUUCGUUAAAAUAUUUUAUUUGUAUAUAAUUUUAAGAAAUUUCCUCAAGAAUUCAAAAAAAACCUUUAACAUAUGCCUUUAAAACACAAGUAAUCAAUAAGUCUUGAUACACAUCUUCAGGUAAAUUUUAAUACCAAUGUAAGUAUUUAAUGCAAUUGAAAACAGAAACUUUGUUAUAUUGUUUCGUCUUAGGACUUUGAAUGAUGUACGAUACUUUCUUCUUUUUUAGUUCUUAUCGCAAUUGAGUAAAACAUAUUUACAACAUUAAAAAAAUUUUUUUAAAGAAAAAUGCCAAUAUAAUAGAAAACAACUAAUUUCUGCUCUCUACAAAAAUUAUAACUAAAAAAAACAGUUUUCAUCAUCACCAACUAGACACUUCUUUUAUGUUUUCAGUAGAAUAAAACAAAUAAAAAAAUAGACGUACUAAAUGUAUAUAUUUUUAUAACAAAUACAAUUAAUUCAAAAAACAAAACAAAGUUAGUAUAUCAUAGAUUUUAUGUAAAAAUAAAGAAAGGUAUUUUUGACUACUAAAAUAUAAUUUCUCUUAUGUUUUAUUAAAUAACAGUAACGUUAGAGCAUAUACGUAUGGGCGGGUGCACUAAAGAAAUAUAUUUCAAAAUAGAAAUCAACACAAAAAUCUCUUGUGAAAUAAGAUUUUUUUUUUAAACAAUUAGUGUCAGAUGUGUUAUGAGUCGUUAUAUGAAUUACGAAUAAAUAUUACAAAAAAAAAAACACAAUGCUGCACAUUUUUCUUUAUGUUUAAAAUAGUUUUACGUUUUUAGUUAUUAAGAAUCAAACAAUUUUGCAUCAUAUCCCUCAAACAAAGUAAAUAUUUUAAGCCAAUAUUAUAAAAACAAAAACAAAAUUUAGGAGGAUUAUUAAAAAUCUUUAUAAAAAGCUGACAAGGCUGUGCAAUAAAGCAAAAAAAAAAUUAAAAAAA